UCCUGUUCUUGUUUUGCCCGUCCUCCCCGCCUCUUCAUCUCCCCGUCCUCGCGGCUCCCCGCCUCUCCGUCGUUGCCGAUCCGAUGGCGCUCUCAUUCAUGACCGCCGAUUCUGUAAAAAGGCAUCGAGUUCCCAUCUCGAAUUCGAUUGCAAUCCGACGGCGACCGGCAUGAUCGCUUUGGCGCGCACUGCAGGUUGAAUGCCUCGGGCGUUUUGCGACAAUCGACUUCCGCCCCUCGCCCACGACGCCCUCACAAGAUGGGAUUCCCCCCACGGCCCACAAGAUGUCUUCGCUACAUUUUGACGGCGCUUUUGUUGACCCUCACCCUCCACUUCCUGACGGCAUCGGACACAAUAGCGUCCUGGGUCUGGCCCUUGACUGGCGCCAACAAACACCCCAUCGACGCUCUGAUCCAGGCCGCUGAGCGCGAAUUCGCAGCCAAGCUCUCCAAGUCGACGCAAACCCUCGCAGCCGCCGCCGCCGCCUACCGAAAGCGCCGAGGCCGACACCCCCCACCAUGGUUCGACAAAUGGUACAAGUUUGCCACCGAACACGGCGCCAUCAUCGUCGAAGAUUUCUGGGACCAGAUCUACCACGACCUGGAACCGUUCUGGGGCGUGCAGCCCGCCCAGAUCCGAAAGGAUGCCCGCGAUUUUGAGAUGCGUAUCCAGAUACGCGACGGCAAGGCGUCGACGGAGAGCGACUGGUGGUGGACCCAGAUCUGGCUCAACAUGAUCCAGACCAUCGAGCACCUGCUGCCGGAUAUGGACGUUGCUCUAAACCCCAUGGACGAGCCACGCAUGGUGGUGCCAUGGGAGGAUAUUGAGGUAUAUAUGAAGAGGGCGGCCAAGACGAGGCGGACGGCUGAUGUCAGGAGCGUGGUCUCUGACUUCAGUCCACUGCCGCCAGUCGGGGAAGCUUCUCAGGAGCAUCACGGCGAUGCGCAGCCUAUAGAGUGGGAGCAUGACGAACACUACUGGCCUAUCGCGCGCCGCGGGUGCCCGCCUGACAGCCCGGCCCGGCUGGCCGAGGUUAUUACCGACUUCGAUAAGCCGCCGUCUAUCGCCAGCCCCUUUAGCCUUGCGCAUAUGAGAAAUGGCUACGUGGCCAACUACACGCUAAGCACCGACUUCUGCCAGCAGCCAGACCUGCAAGCCCUCGAAGGCAUCUUCGUCGAGCCGCUCAGUACCUCGGCAACCAAAUCGCUGAUCCCGCUCUUCGGCGGCUCCAAGCUCUUCCGCAACAACGACAUCCUCCUCCCAUCGCCCAUAUACUGGAGCGAAGAAGACCGCUUCAUCGGCGCCGAAGGCGCCUCGAUCCCCUGGGCCUCCAAACACUCCUCGGCCCUCUGGCGCGGCGUGGCCACGGGCGGACGCAACCGCGAGACCAACUGGCGCGCCUUCCAGCGCCACCGCUUCGUCGCCAUGAACAACGCCUCCCUCCUGGCUCAACGGGCCGAUCCGCCGCCGAACUUCGCCCUGCCGGACAAGCGCUACGCCCUCCCCGCCGCAGCGCAGGCCGACCUGCCCGGCUGGAUCGCCCGCACCACCGACGUCGCCUUCACGGAAAUGGUCUGCCUCUACGAGGGGUUCACCCCGACGUGCAACUACACGGCGCCCUACUUCGCCCCGGUGGAGAACGUGCCGAUGGCCGACAUGUUCCAGCACAAGUAUCUGCCCGAUAUCGACGGAAACUCCUUCAGCGGGCGGUACCUUGGCUUUCUGCGAUCGACCAGCGUGCCGGUCAAGGCGACGCUGUUCCGGGAGUGGCAUGAUGCGCGGCUGGUCGCGUGGAAGCAUUUCGUGCCCAUGGACCCGCGGUUUGGGGACUGGUGGGGGAUUCUGGGGUAUUUCCUUGGUCGGGACCGGGAGGGGACGGCGGAUAAGGUAGGCGAGCGGAUUGCGCUGGCCGGGAGGGAGUGGGCAGGACGGGUGCUGAGGAAGGAGGAUAUGGCUGUUUAUGUGCUGAGGUUGUUGCUGGAGUAUGGGAGGGUCAUGGAUGACAGGAGGGAGGUGAUGGGAUGGGUGGAGGAUCUGAGGCAGGAACUGUAAGCGCCUCUCUCUUCGGUGCCGAUGCCGGCGGGCCCGGCAUCCCGCAGACGAUUGCGUGCUCCCCUUGCCAAGUACUGUGCCUCUUGUAAGCCAUACAGAUCCAGUUUAUUGGCGUUGUAGGUUCAUGGUUCUGUGAGAAAGGACUGGAAAGGAGAACUGAGCUUGACUGCCGCUAGAACAGGCGCUCUGAGUAGUAAUUGUUUAUGUCAUUGGAGAUGCAUAACAAGACAGGCACACUACGGGUCAGCACGAUCACUCACCUAAAGUAAGUGCCUGUGGCGGCAAGAAAUGCCUCAAGUGAGACAAGACACAUCACCUUGCUGGAUCACCUAUUUCACACGGUGGAAGGGGUGCGGGCGGCGG